GUGGAGGGGCCAGUCACCAGGAAGCGGCCCGUGCCAAUCAUGCCCUACUUCCUGCUUUCCUCCUUACUUCCGGUCACACAGAUCAGGGUUAAACAGUGGUAAAGAAGACAUCCGAUCGCAUUGUGUUAGAGGGACUGAGCAGAACCCAGAGCCCCAUCACUGUGCCUCCACCUCACUCACUGAUACAUGAGACACAAUAACCAAAAGAUCCUGGAACUCACCAACAAGACGAUUCAGCUGACUGGAGAGGUGACUUUUGGGAGGGGGAGUAUAUAGAGGAACACAGGGGUCUGUACAAGGACGUGAUGAUGGAGAAUCACCGGCCCCUCACAUCACUGGAUGGGCCCAGUAACAGAGAUACCCCAGAGAGAUGUCCCCGUCCUCUGUAUUCCCAGGAUUGUACAGAGGAGAAUCACAGGACCGCACAGGAGGAUCAGGUAGAACGUCUGUCUGAUAUUAAAACAGAAGACAUAGAAGGAGAAGAAGAGACGUAUGUGACUGAUAUAAAGGCAGAAGAUAUAGAGGGAGAAGAAGAGACUUAUGUGACUGAUAUAAAGGCAGAAGAUAUAGAGGGAGAAGAAGAGACGUAUGUGACUGAUAUAAAGGUAGAAGAUAUAGAGGAAGAAGAAGGGACGUAUGUGACUGAUAUAAAGGCAGAAGAUAUAGAGGAAGAAGAAGAGACGUAUGUGACUGAUAUAAAGGCAGAAGAUAUAGAGGGAGAAGAAGAGACGUAUGUGACUGAUAUAGAGACAGAAGAUACAGAGGGAGAAGAAGAGACGUAUGUGACUGAUAUAAAGGCAGAAGAUAUAGAGGAAGAAGAAGAGACGUAUGUGACUGAUAUAAAGGCAGAAGAUAUAGAGGAAGAAGAAGAGACGUAUGUGACUGAUAUAAAGGCAGAAGAUAUAGAGGGAGAAGAAGAGACGUAUGUGACUGAUAUAGAGACAGAAGAUACAGAGGGAGAAGAAGAGACGUAUGUGACUGAUAUAAAGGCAGAAGAUAUAGGGGGAGAAGAGACGUAUGUGACUGAUAUAAAGGCAGAAGAUCUAGAGGGAGAAGAAGAGACGUAUGUGACUGAUAUAAAGGCUGAAGAUCUAGAGGGAGAAGAAGAGACGUAUGUGACUGAUAUAAAGGCUGAAGAUCUAGAGGGAGAAGAAGAGACGUAUCUGAAGGGUGAUCAGCAGUGUAAGGAGGAGGAAAUCCCUACAGAUAUCAGCACAGCAGAUGGACACACAAGCAGGAAUAUCUCAGAAGGACAUCUAAUGUUGUCCCCGGAUUGUGAAAUAAAAGAUAAUGACAGUAGACCGGAUUCUCCAGGAGCAAACCCCAUAACCCCAAUUAUACAUCCAGCUCUAUCAGCUGGUCCCCCUGAUCCUGCAAAAUAUUCUCCUGAUCACUCUGAUAUUGGUGUAUCUGGUACAGCUCUGAGAGUAGAUACAGAAUUUCCAUGUGCUAUAGAUGACAAAUGUUUUACACAGAACACAAAGCCUAUUACCACACAGACAGGUAUGCCAAGUGAGAGGCCAUUUCUAUGUUCUGAGUGUGGGAAAUGUUUUACAUACAAAUCAAAUCUUAUUAAACAUCAGAGAUAUCACAUAGGUGAGAAGCCAUUUCCAUGUUCUGAGUGUGGAAAAUGUUUUGCACACAAAUCAGAUAAUAUUAGACAUCAGAGAAGUCACACAGGUGAGAAGCCAUUUCCAUGUUCUGAGUGUGGGAAAUGUUUUGCACAAAAAUCAGAUCUUGUUGCACAUCAGAGAAGUCACACAGGUGAGAAGCCAUUUCCAUGUUCUGAGUGUGGGAAAUGUUUUGCAUACAAAUCAGUUCUUAUUAGACAUCAGAGAAAUCACACAAGUGAGAAGCCAUUUCCAUGUUCUGAGUGUUGGAAAUCCUUUGCACACAAAUCAGAACUUAUUAAACAUCAGAGAUAUCACACAGGUGAGAAGCCAUUUCCAUGUUCUGAGUGUGGGAAAUGUUUUGCACACAAACGAAAUCUUAUUAUACAUCAGCGAAGUCACACAGGUGAGAAGCCAUUUCCAUGUUCUGAGUGUGGGAAAUGUUUUGCACAGAAACCACAUCUUGUUAAACAUCAGAGAAGUCACACAGGUGAAAAGCCAUUUCCAUGUACUGAGUGUGGGAAAUGUUUUAUCCAGAAAUCACAUCUUAUUAAACAUGAGAGAAGUCACACAGGUGAGAAGCCAUUUUCUUGCUAUGAGUGUGGGAAAUGUUUUACCUGGAAAUCACAACUUGUUACACAUCAGCGAAGUCACAGGCGAGAAGCCAUUUCCAUGUUCUGAGUGUGUGAAAUGUUUUACACGGAAAUUAGAUCUUUUUACACAUCAGAGAAGUCAGACAGGGGAGAAGCCAUUUCCAUGUUCUGAGUGUGGGAAAUGUUUUGCAUACAAAUCAGAUCUUAUUAAACAUGAGAGAAGUCACACAAGUGAGAGGCCAUUUUCUUGUGUGUGAAAUGUUUUACAUAGAAAUCACAACUUGUUACACUUCAGCGAAGUCACAGGUGAGAGGCCAUUUCCAUACUCUAAAAAUAAAUCAGCACAAUAGACAUCGCUCAGGUGAGAAACCAUCUUCUGGAUUAUACUUAUUGCCAUGCGUCAUUGUUAAAAGUUCUCCUAUGCUUUUUGCAAUAUACAUGCUACCACAGUGUGAAAUAAUCAGAUGUCAUGCCCUCAUCUACCACUGCUAUGCAGAUGACCUGUCUUUUGCUCCAGGUACUGAGAACCCAGUACCAAUCCUAAAUGGUUGUCUAGCUGAGCUCUAGGUGUGGGUGAUGCCAGUUGGCUGUGACUCAGUCCUGGUUAAACAGAUCCUUAUGAUAGAAGCUCACCAACAAAGGGCAGAUCUACAGCUCAGCUUUGUUACCAACCAGACAUAUGCUAGGGGGUUCAGAGUUGCAAAAUGCUGAUCCUGUGUGGAAUCUUGGUGUCCUGGAUGGUGGAGUGACACUUAGAGAUCAGGUAUCUGCCACUAUCAGAUCCUCAUCUGAGGAACAUAGCCAGACUCCAGCACUUAUUUCCCUCUGAAGAUCUACCUACAGUCAUACAUUUACUUGUAUCAUCACGCAUAGACUACUGCAAUGUCCUCUUCCAGAGUCUCCCAGCAAGCUUGUAGCUUGUACAGAAUGCAGCAGCCAGGCUGUUACCUAACCAGCCCGUUCCUGCCACAUAACACCCAUUCUCUGCUCCCUUCACCGGCUGCCUGUAAAAUGGUGACUAUUACAUAAUCUUACUGACUCCCAAUCCUACAUGACCAGUGUCAAAGGUACCAGAAGCAGCUUCUGCCUCUUUACUGCCCAGUUACUUCCAUCUGCAGAUGAAGGACUGUUACCAGCAGUACCAAGAAUCCCCAAGCAUUUCUGAGAUGGAAGGGGGGGGAGACAUGGUGGUGGCACUAGUGCUGUAGCGGGGGCUGCCAGA